UUAUACAUCUUGGCCUCACCAAUAUGAACGCACUAACGUUUAGCAUAGACCUAUACAUUAAACCGUCCGAUAGUGGACUUUGGUGAAUUUGAGAACCCUACUAGCCCGUUAACCAUAACCUCACAAAACAACAGUAUCUAACCAUCAAUCAGAUUACAGAUUUGAGGCCAGCAUAAGUAGAAUGCAACUAAGAAGCGUUUUGGAAUAUAAAUUUGCAAUAUUAUCAUCAGCAGCAUUUAUUAUUAUUCCGUAUUAUACAUGGAAAUCAUUUUAUUGUACCUAUAAGUCACUAAAGCGCCAGUAUGAUGAAGAAAUUUUAUUUUCUAAAAGACAUGACUGUGUAGUUAUGUAUAGUAGCAAUAAAGGCAUGUAUGGAUGGCCUCCAUACAGAGAAAGAAUAGUUGCUGAUAUCACAGAUGAAAAUUGGUGUGAUAAGCUAUAUGAACCCAUAAUUUACUUUAUAGAUACAGCCAAAUUUACUUUAGAUGUAGCAAUUAUGAUGAUAACAAUAAAAAAAAUUUAUCAAGCCCUGAUUGAUGCCCAGAAAAGAGGUGUUAAAGUAAGAAUUCUGCUUAAUUUUGAGCACUCUGAGAAUAUGUUGCCACAAAUCAGGGAAUGCAUUAAAGGAGGAUUGGAUGUACAACUAUAUAUCCCACAAAAAACCAACCUGAGUAACAUCAUGCAUUACAAAUAUAUGGUGAAAGAUUACAGUAGAACUGGUGGCUAUGUGUUAGUUGGAUCUAUGAAUUUUACUAGUACAGCCUUUUUAGAAAACUAUGAAGAUGUAGUAAUAUCGUCAAAUCAUUACAUUGUAACAGGCUUUCAUAAUAAUUUUGAUAAAUGCUUCAAAUUUGUAAUGGAUGAUAAUGAAAGUCUUAUCAAUAAAACUAUUCUCCUUGAUGUAAACCUUGCAUGAAAUCAAUCAGUUUUUAAAACAAAUAAUGUAAUAUAUGGAAAAUUUCAUAAUUUGGCAUGUAUCAAGAAAUAUUUUUAGAUAGCUUGUAUGAUUUUGGUCACAUUUCUGAAUGUUUAGAAUAAACGGAGUUAGUGUACUGACCAGAACUAGA